AGCAAUAUCGAAUCCAAACGAACCAAUGCCGUACUCAGACGAAGCAAUAUCGAAUCCAAAUAAACCAAUGUCGUACUCAGCCGAAGCAAUAUCGAAUCCAAAUAAACCAAUGUCGUACUCAGCCGAAGCGAUAUUGAAUCCAAACGAACUAAUGUCGUACUCAGACGAAGCUGUAUUAAAUCCAAAUGAAUCGAAGUUCAUCCCAGACGAAACAGUACCAAACUCAACCGAACAAGUCCCGAAUCUGUCCGAAUCAAUGGCGCAUAAAGCGGAUGAGAUUUCUUCAAACAACUUAUACGAUCCAGUUGAAGUUGCCUCUUUUUGUGAAGACGAAGAUACAAAGUCAACUGAGGACCAAGAAGUAGAAGAUGUUUUUAUAAAACUUGCUUUAAAAAAGGGAAUCAAAGUCGGUAAAAUUUCCCCACCAACUAGAAAUGACGUGAAAGCAGUCUCUGUGCCUGAAUCUUCUCAAAGAGAAAAUUUCUUUUCCCAAAAAGACACGGAAGUAGAGAACUUGUUUAUUAGACGUGCAUUAGAAAAAGGUAUCAAAGUUGGAAGACUCUCUCCCACCAACACUGGUUACAACGCAGAACCGGUUCAUUUGCCUGAAGUUUCUGUGAAAGAAGAAGAGAAAGACCAAGAUAUAGAGGAGUUAUUUGUUAGGCUCGCGUUAGAGAAGGGUAUCAAGGUUGGAAACGUCUCACCAGUAAAUGAAACGAUUACACAGCAUUAUGCUAAAGAUACGAUAACAGGAGAGGAAUUCGAAAAGCGGGCAUUAAGAAACGGUAUUCGACUUGGAGGGUCUCAUGUUUCCACGAUGGAACAUUCGAAUGAGAAUACUACAAGUUUUCCUCCUGUAAGGGCGAUACCUGGACAUGUAGCUAAUGAUACGGAUGUUCUGAAAAUACUUGCACCAAAACCGAAUACGAAUAUAGCUUUUCUGAAUGGUGAUUGGUUGAAUCCAUUGACCACGCCCAUGGCACCGAGCCAUGACGGCGAAGGUGUUUUUGGUCCAAAUGCUGUGCCACCUUUUGCUCGUUACAACGGCACGCAGUUUAACACUCUGGUAAAAUUUGAUACUGAAAGUCACGAAAGAAUGGAUUGGACCAAUAAUGAAGCUGGAUAUAGAAAGACUACAUCAUUAAGACAAGAUAGUUUCGAAGAGCUUGCCAAAAGAAAUGGCAUCAGAGUUGGAGAAACCUUGAAAAGAAAAGUUGAGUCGCAGACACAAACUGAGAACUCUUUCAAAUCUCAAGAUACCCAGACAAUUGGUCUUAUUAAAGUAGGAAAUGCAUCAAUACAGGUAGAUGUAACGAAGGAGGCAUUUAAGGCCGAGUAUGAUGAGUGGAUGCAAGAGGAGUUGAGUUUGAUAGAUCCCAAGGCGUCUUCAUUCAGGGAGUUGUUUCUGUUGGAAGAAGAAGCACGUGAAGAGGCUGAGAGAAGGUUAGCUGUGGAAAUGGAUGAGAAUGUUAAAGCCCAGAGGAACACCAAGAUACUGAUAGACGAGCUAAAGGAUCAACUGGCAAACAAAGAAGAAGCAAUCGAGAAAUUGAACAAGGAAUUAAAGAGCCUAAAGAAACAAAAAGACAGCGAGAUAAAGAGACUCACUAAAGAGAUCAAGCAAAAAGACGAAGACUUGAAAACUGCAACUAACGAAAAUAGCCUGAAGGACGUAGUGAUAGAAAACAUGAGAGAAAUCGCUAAGGACCAGAAUGAGAUGGUAGAAAAGAUGGAAGAGAAAUUGAAAGCAAUGGAAAAGCAAAUGGAAAAUGAACGAAAAAUAUCUGAGAGUCUCUUAAAGAUCGAGUCAUCUAAAAAUAUCUCACUUCAAACCAAAGGUGCGGAUGAAUGGCAAGUUGUUAAAGGCCGUUCUUCUGGAACAAAAGCCACAAUGAAGCCUAAUUCCUCACGUCAGUACCAUCAAAUUGAUGGUCUUUCAGGAUUCGACGACAGAGAGUAUCAAAGAUACAAUAGUCGUCUACCUUCAGACACAACUACUUAUAUGGAACAGCGAGAUCCUAGUGAAGAAAUAAAGCCAGGAAAAUCCUUGGCCAGCAAGAACGAAGGCUUUCUUUCAACUAGCCAAGAUGUCCCGUUACAUUUGCGUGGAGCACAAAACAGUGUUACCAGUGAUAUUGGAGUGUCAACUGCUUACAAUCAGCAAUCACCGUCUGGUGAUUGUGUACCUCGACUUUCAAGAGAAUCUAGUCAUGCUACUGGUUGCACUUCUGUUCCCUCACUACCUCCCCCUGGGAUUCAUAUGCCCAGACUUCCAAGAGAACUGUCUGCAUCUGUUUGUGCCCCCAAUACUUCAUCUACAAAUUCUGUUUGUACUAUCAAUGGCACAUUUAACACUGCAAAUGUAUUGAAUUCAAAUGGGCUAUACACCUCGUCUGACACACUUACAUCCCCUAGUAUUAUGCAGCAAAAUUUACCAAGAGUUCCGUACCCUACCCCUGGUAGUGUAGGCAAUACUUCACUCCUCCACCCUGUUGUAUCGCAUCAAGUAUUAGCAGGAGGCCCAUACAGCAUCCCUACUGUCAGCGAUGCCACUAUGCCUUCGUCUGUUGUUACCAACCAAGAUUUACCAAGAGUUCCGUACCCUACCCCUGGUAGUGUAGGCAAUGCCAAUCUCCUCCACCCUGCUGUAUCGCAUCAAGUAUUAGCAGGAGGCCCAUACAGCAUCCAUACAAUCAGUGAAGCCACUACACCCAUUUCUGUUAUUAACCAAGACUUACCAAGAGUUCCUUACCCCUCUCCUGCUAGUAGCUGUGACGCCCCACUACUACCCCCUGGUAUCACCGUAGACCCUGCACUAAGACAAGCUCUGCCUGUCGUAUCAUCAAAGAAUAAAACCACGAAUAAGUUCUCGUCGUUUGAUAAGCUCAUGGAUGCCUUAAGAGACUCGUUUCCUGACCAUUCAAGGCCGUCAUUGAUGGUUUACCUCAAGAAAGCCAAGGAGGCGUUUGGCACUAAUGGCUUCAAGGGAAAGCAGAUAUCGGAAAUAGUUGACAAAGUUUCCCAGGUUAUCGACCAGGAAUAGGUAAUAAUAAAAGCCAGUUAGAAAGACUAAGGACUAGACUAGGGAAAGAAAUCUACUGGGACGACCCAGAUGAUAUUUUCAAAUUCAACUUGUUAAUAUUUGUUGCGGGUAAUGCUUCCUUGUGACAUUUUGUGAUGUGUUUCUGGACGAAAUUUUUCGCCUUUUCGUUACUGUUUAUUAUAUCUAUUUAGGUAUAUCAGAGGACAACAAAUACCUGGUUUGUCAAAUAUAGAUUUAAUAUUUGUUAAUUAUCAAUUGACACGGUUUUCUUUGUUAUUCACAAGGCUUUAUUUUUGUUAUGACCCUUUCACAAACAAUAGACAAAUUAAAGUUUGAUAUUUAGCAAGGGAGGAGCGGGGCUUAUGAACUGAACUGAAUUGCUCAUUUUAAAUGCUAGGUCAAUGUUUAGAUCUUAUUAACCGA